AUCGGACAGGGGGCGUCUGGCACGGUGUACACAGCUAUAGACAUCGCUACAGGACAGGAGGUGGCCAUUAAACAGAUGAACCUGCAGCAGCAGCCGAAGAAGGAGCUGAUCAUCAAUGAGAUUCUGGUGAUGAGGGAAAAUAAGAACCCGAACAUCGUCAACUACCUGGACAGUUACCUGGUGGGGGACGAGCUGUGGGUGGUGAUGGAGUACCUGGCCGGAGGUUCGCUGACUGACGUCGUCACGGAAACCUGCAUGGACGAAGCCCAGAUCGCUGCCGUCUGCAGAGAGUGUCUCCAGGCGUUGGAGUUCCUCCACUCGAACCAGGUCAUCCAUCGAGACAUUAAGAGCGACAACAUCCUGCUGGGCAUGGACGGCUCCGUCAAACUCACUGACUUUGGGUUCUGCGCCCAGAUCACCCCGGAGCAGAGCAAACGCAGCACCAUGGUGGGGACUCCGUACUGGAUGGCUCCGGAGGUGGUGACGCGUAAAGCCUACGGCCCCAAGGUGGACAUCUGGUCCCUGGGCAUCAUGGCCAUAGAGAUGGUGGAGGGGGAGCCGCCGUACCUCAACGAGAAUCCACUCAGGGCGCUGUAUCUCAUAGCAACCAACGGUACGCCGGAGCUGCAGAACCCAGAGAAGCUGUCGACGAUAUUCAGAGACUUCCUGAACCGAUGUCUGGAGAUGGACGUGGAGAAGAGAGGCUCGGCUAAAGAGCUGCUGCAGCACCAGUUUCUGAAGAUGGCGAAGCCUCUCUCCAGUCUGACUCCUCUCAUUGUGGCUGCUAAGGAGGCCGCCAAGAACAACCGCUAGCUAGCCUUUGACUCAUUAUUUCUCUCUCUCUCUCUCUCUCUCCUCUCUGUCUCUCUCUUCUUCGUUCUCUCUCUUUCCUCUCUCUUCUUUCUCUCUCUCUCUCUCUCUCUCCUUCCUCUGUCUUUUUCUUUAUUAUUGGAGGGCGUAAUGGUGCUGUCGGGUUACUUAACCCUUCAAUGCCUUCAGUCUUUCUUUUCGUCUAAUUUUUUUAUUUUUAACCUGCUCGACUGCCCUUCACCCCGUGACUUGACCCUCAUUACCCCCCCCCCCUCCAACCCUCACAGGGAGAAAGAAGGGUAUUUCUUCAAGUAACAUUUUUUGAAACCACUGGACUCGACUAGGAAGAAGGGGGGGGGCUAGCUGAAUGACAUCAUCUUUGAUCAAGUGUGAGUCAUCGCUUACAACGCUCCCCCCCCCCCCUCAGCCUGCACCAUGUACAACUCAAUUGAGAGAGGAGAACUUAACAG